GUGAUUGAUAAUGAAUGAGUAAGUGGUGGUGAGUGACAGAGUGGUAUUGGAUGACAGAGAAUGAUAGUGAGUGAUGGUAAAUAAUGCAGAGUGGUGGUGAGUAUAAAGUGUAAACAACACAACACGUCAUUCAAGUUUGCACACCUGCCACCUCACUUCAUCACCUCGUCACCAGCCCGCAGUACCACGUCUUGUUAUGACAUAGCCCAGUGAACCUUUGAAGGAGAGGCAUAGGGCAGUUUAGGCUGCUGCCUCCUUUCUUCCUACCUAUCUGCCUGCUUGCCUACCAAGCCUUCCUUACUUUUAUGCAUCAUGUUUCGGCGGCUGCGCAGUCUUGGACAUGCAUUUCUGCUUCUCACCUUUGCUGCUGUGAUCAUAUUCCUCUGUGGGUGGAGAGAUGCCCAGCCAGCUCCCCUGCAAGGUCCAUCAUCUACUGUGGUUCAGGAAGGCCUUGUAGUAAUUCAGGAAAAGGACCUUGCAGUCAAUAUGCCUCUGUUCCCAGCAUUCAACCAGCAGCAGGAAGCUGUACCAUUGGAUGCAAGGGAAAAUGACCUUCUGUACCGACCACCACUGGAUGUAGCAUUCAUCUUCACACAUGCACGGGACAACUGGCCGCUGCAGAAUCAACUGAGAGUGGCUGCAGGGUCCUUGCUGGCACACUCAUCAGCGCCGCUCCGUCUUCAUCUUAUCACAGAUGAGGAUGGCUUCCACACUGCUACCAAGAUCAUCAAUGAGGUUCAAGCCACCAACCAGCUUGAUUCCAGACAUAUCAAGCUAGUGUAUGUGUCAGCUGAUGAUUUCAUCCCUGAGAUUGAGUCAUCAGUCACAGUCCUGCAGGAGUUUUUCACACGGCGAGCCAAUUCCUAUUAUCGUGAUGCCCUCUUCUUCUUCUCCCUCCACCUGCAUCAACUUUUGCCUGGCUUGGAGCGUGUCAUUCUGAUGGACAUUGACAUUAAGGUAAAGGGUGACGUGGCAGAGCUUCACUCCCACUUUGAGAGAUUCACACCAGGUAACGUGAUGGGCAUGGCACAAGAGCAGUCUCCAGUGUACCGCCACCUGCUCUCAGUCUACCGCCGUAGCCACCCCAACACCACCCUUGGCAGUCCCCCAUCAGAGGGUGGCUUUACUGGCUUCAACAGUGGUGUGGUGCUCAUUGACAUCAAUAAACUGAGGGAAUCACAAAUAAUAAAGAGCUAUCAGAAGAGACCCAAGUUGGUGGAGCGAACACAGCACUACAGCUUCCAGGGCCACUUGGGAGACCAGGACCUGUACACCCUAAUUGCCCUCGACCACCCGGAGCUCUUCUACUCCCUCCCCUGUGGCUGGAACAGGCAGCUGUGUGACUGGUGGCGGGGGCAUGGUUACCAGGCUGUGUUUGACUUGUACUUCAACUGUCCAGAAGAGCUCAAGAUCAUCCACGGCAACUGCAAGACCCCGAUUCCUGAUGAUUUGUGAGGUCAGAUGGUGGUGGUGGUGGGGCUGGGAUGCAUAAGGCAGUUGAGAUAACUCCUGCACAGGUAUUAUGUAUGGUGUGUGGCAGUAACAGGAUUACUUACAUGAGCUUCAUAUGGCAGGACACAGGGUUGUGUGGAUUCCAUGAGCAUGAAUGUGGGAUCAGCCUUAGGGAUGUGAUGUAAGGUCAUUGUACAGGCUUCAUCAUCAUCUUCAUUAUCAUUGUCAUUAUUUUCAUUAUCAUCAUCAUAUUAUCAUCAUCUUCAUUUUGAAAGGCUCAUCGUGCCUGGCCUGUUCACUCACUGAUGGCUCUUCAGCUGCAUAAUCUUCAGCAGCCUUUCUGCACAAACAUGGCUCUGAAGUGCUUAUGAACCUUGUCAUCCUAAAUUUUGGGAGGUUUACCUUUAAGAAGUGCUAUUUAUAUUCAUAUCUAAUUCUUUUCAUGUGUUUGCUCUUCACUAUUCUCUCAACAUGUCCAGACCAUUCCAGUCUAGUUCCUAUUCCCUCUCUCAAAUUAGUGUCUGUGAUCUGUGGUCUGUUUUGCUGUGCUGCACUAUGCAUGAAGGGUGUGAAUAUUGUAUUUCACUGACCAUAUUUCACUACCAAAGACACUUUUCUUUGUACAGUCCACACAUGGAUCAAAGAGAGAGUCCCUGUUAGUGAUGUGAUUUGCAGAACUUCCUGCAUGUCUCUACACAAACACACACUACCCAUACACAAAUCACAUUUCCCAAGUAAAAUAAUCUUUCUGUACACUGAAAGACUUUUUAUUCAGGGGAGUCUGUUAGAGCUUGUCUGUCUUAUCCACCUCCUACAUUCUGCCACACAGUUUUAGACUCACUCCAUCUCUUGUGCACCCACAUUUGAUAUACACUUCAUGCAAACUGUGCAUAGCAAUUACAAUAAAGUAACAAUGUCAUUGCCCUUAUGUGAGAUUUUUAUUUUGAUCUAUUUUUAUUUUAUUUUUAUACACCAUUAAAAUAUACAUUGCUAAUUACCACCUUUUUCUUGUAACUCACACAUUUCUCAUGUACAAUAUCACAUUUUCACUUCAUCUUAGUCAAAAUGAAAACCACAUUUUAUUUUUUUCCUUCUUUAUCCCAUAAUUUCCUCAGCUUAGUUUCUGAGACUCAGUCUUCGAUGUGUGAAUUUAGGUGUAUCUUCUAGCUCAGUCUAUUUUGCUCAAUGAGUUUAAAUGUAUUUUCUAGCUUUAUACAUUGCCUUCUAAAUAUUCUGUUGUGCUUCCAUAUAAAUACUCUGUCAUACUUCUAAUUCCAUCUUCAAUCCCUUCUUCUCUCUCACCAUAGCAUCAGAUGAAUUACUCCACUGCCAAAUCACUUUAUAUGAUCAUAUGUCAUUUAAAUACAUUUAAUAUUUCACAUAUACUACCUAAUUCACAAUCUGAGCAAUUACAAAAAGUAAUGAGUCAGGCUGCCCCUGGCUGGUAGGUAUUAAGUGACUCAGUCUUUUCUUAAAUAUUGUACUACACACCAAUACUCAUAUAGCCUUAGCAAUCUCUAGUAUUCACUCUGUACUUCUUUGAGGCAUAACUGUUCUCUGUGUGUGCUCUUACAUAGCAGGGCUAUGGUUAUUAAGUUCAUUACCAAAAGUUUAAAUUCCUCUUUCUUCUAAACUUUCAAUUGUUCAUAUGAUCAUCUCAAAAGUAGGUCUUGACUCCUGCAAGGUUAUGGGAAAAAAAAAUUCUGAUACCAUUGUUAUCUUACUUUCAUCUAUAUAGAGCCAUCAAGAAAAUCAUGAUUGUGUUAUUCAUCCUCAUCACAUUUACAACUUCAUUUACCCAUUUCACAGCCACCAACACACCAACAUGUAGAUCCUUAUCAUUGCCAGACAAUAUUUUGCCCUACAAUAUCAUGAGGGACCAAAUUUGACAUACUGAGUAAAAGUUGGUUGGGGAGAGUUCAUAGUGGAAGAAGGACAUCAGAGGAAUGGGACUAUUUUUCUUGCUGGGAAGAUGCCAUUGGCAGCAGAGUGAUCCUAGUUUAUGAUUUUCUUCUGCCUUUCUAUGCUUUAUAUGCCAAGCAUUUGUUUUUUUGCUGUCAAAAAUUGUUGAAUGUACACAGACAUUUGUAUACUUGAAAUGGUGUUCUAUAUAUAUAUUUUUUUAAUACACUUUUAUUAUUAUUAUUAUUAUUAUUAUUAUUAUUAUUAUUAUUAUUAUUAUUAUUAUUAUUAUUAUUAUUAUUAUUAUUAUUAUUUGAAAUGGUGCUCUUAUAGUUUUUCAAUAUCAAGAGCAUAAGCUAAAUUUUUAUUGAAGGGAGAAUCAAAGUAGAGUUCAACUUUUACUCUGUUUAUCUCUCAGUUUCACUUUAAUUAGUUAUGUAUCUUUAAGAAAUGCAACCAGUAGUCUUGUAGAUGCUUCUUUAUGUAGAAGUCAGUCUAUUUUAUUUUCUUAAUAUUGGAAGAGAUGGGCUUACUUUUACUGAAAUUGAAAUGGAAGGUUGUGAUGAUAGUGGUGGUGAUGCUGGAGCAUCAGGAGCCAAAGUCAUGGUGAUGAGAGUUGGGCGAGGUGGUGGUGAGCCAGACAGUAGCAGAGUGUGGUGGUAUUCAAGAGAUGGAGAUGCCACUUGAAGCUUGUCAUUCCCUCAUUUUUCUGUCAAAGUACAGUUGUGCUUUAUUGGCAUUUAUACUCUUUCUUGAAUGUGGUAACUAUUUUUUAGCUGUUUUGUAAGGGUUAUGAGCUGCAGUAGAAAUGUGAUAACAAAAGAGCCAAAAAAAGGGUAAUGUGUAUUUAAUAUGUUUAAGGAGCAUAAGGUGGUAAGUCCACCUCCAGCAUGAAUAUGUAAUGUAUUUAUGACUUGAAUCUAAGGUGAGGAGAAUGAGGAGAGGAAAAACAUAACACUACCGAGGUAACAAAUUCCUUCUAGUAUACAGUGGAACCUUGGUUGCUGAAUACCUCUCAUGUCAAAGAAAUCAGUUCCUGGUGAAAUUUUUUCAUACAAAAAUUGUUGUGGUUUUCAGUCAGUCUCCAUUCCCACACAGGCAAGUCAGCAGCUGUAUGGUCUCUGGGCUCCGAGAUAAGACAUGCCUUUCCUUGAAUUUCAUUGUUUUGCUGUUUUAUGAAUUUUUAUUAAAAAACAUCAUGGAGCUAAAGAAUAGCAAUAAUGGCAGCAAUGUGAAAAGUAAGAUGGUUAGAAAUCAUGAUAAAAGCGAUGGAAGAAAACACCCAAACAUGAAAAUGGAAUUUUUUGUCCUGCAUCUUCCUAUGCAGUUCAGUACAAUGUAUAGCAAAAUCAGCAUUUGAUAUGGUUGCCUGAAUUUUUUUUUUUAUCAAAGGGAACUCCCCCCCCAAACAAUAAUAUCUCUCACUCUCCCUUCCUCUUCAUCUUCCACUUUUGCCAUCAACUUUCCUUUUCACCAGUAAAGAGAAGUAAAAUUUUUAUUUAUGUAUAUUUUAUCUAUUUGUUAUAUUUAUGGUUUUGUGUAGGAUUCAAUGAUUUUCUUUGUUUUUGUAUAUGAAAUUAUGGAUAAACUUUUGUUGUAAAGGUUUGAGUAAACAGUCAUCUGGGGUUCAAGAAUGGAUUAAUCCAUUGCACAUGAACUCGUUUGGGGAAAAUGGUCCUGCUUUACGAACAAAUAGAUUUAUGAACACCCUUUGGGGUUCCACACUUCCAUAGAAUUGUUCUGAAAGUAUCUUUGGUUUUAGGUGACCUUGACUAAAUGCAGUAAGACAUUUAAAUCAACUAUCUAAUUUUUUUUCUUUUUAUUGAGAAAUGUUCAAUUUGAUCAUUAUACCAGCCAUAUCUCUCUCUCUCUCUCUCUCUCUCUCUCUCUCUCUCUCUCUCUCUCUCUCUCUCUCUCUCUCUCUCUCUCUCUCUCUCUCUCUCUCUCUCUCUCUCUCUCUCUCUCUCUCUCUCUCUCUCUCUCUCUCUCUCUCUUUGAUUGUGGUGUUCAACAAUCUCAUAUUGGUGAAUAUUGAUGUUAUUUAUUUAAGAUAUAGUUGUCAUUUAUGAAGUUCAUUUAAGUAUUUGCUUGAUUAGUCAAAACAUAUAGCUACUUGUGUGUGUGUGUGUGUGUGUGUGUGUGUGUGUGUGUGUGUGUGUGUGUGUGUGUGUGUUUACCUAGUUGUAUUGUACAGGGCAUGAGCUAAAGUUCAUUUUGUCCUGUCUUCAUAACCAUAUUUAUCCAGUUUCUCUUUAGACAUGAAAAGACAGGCAAGGGAGACUGGGUGGUGUUCAAACCAUCACAAACUGGGUGGUGUUCAAACCAUCACAAACACCACUAAGCCUUCAAACAACACAGGGAGACAUAAGCUGACAGCUGUGUGUGUGUGUGUGUGUGUGUGUGUGUGUGUGUGUGUGUGUGUGUAUGACAGAAUUUUUCAUACUUUACAUUAUUCAGUCCUUUGAACAUCUUGUGAUUAUCCCAACAGCAGACUCAUCAACUCCGUCCAUUCAUCCAUACAUUCCAAGCAAGGUGCUGCUGCUUGGGUCAUGAGCACCACUCUAAUGAAAUUUAUGCACUUAUUUUUCAUUUGCCAUUACUACUUACUGUACUCAUUUCCCAGCAAAUGAUGCCAUGUAUAUCAAGUGUGAGCAGGAAUGAUGUAUGUUUGGAGCUCUAAUAUGGCAGCAUGCAUAGUACUACUAAAAUAACCUGUAGUGGCUCAUUCUUCAUUCAGUUGAUGCCACUAUGAUAGUUUGAGAAUGCAUGACUGAAAGAACAGAAUCCAGAUAUAUCCUGUUAAGAAGGAAAGGAAGAUGAUACUCUACUUGUUAAAAUCUUCACUUGGUCUGUCCAUUGAAGUAAGGCACUGCACAUUUUAAGUUACACAAGAAUUUGCAAUUAUUGUUCUAGAAAUUCUCACUAGUUUUUGAAGCCAUUAUCAGUAGUUUGGAUUCAUGUAUACAGUAGAUGAAUGACAAGAGUGAAUUUUCAUCACAACCUGUUAUAAGCACUGCUCAAAAAAAAAAGGUGAAAAUAAUCAUAAAUAAAGAAAUGAUAAAAAGAA